AUGAACGGAGAGAUACAGAGCAAGGACGAUCACUGUGUGGAUUCAUCCGAGCUCGCAUCUGGCUCCAUAGAUGCAAGAACCACUGAAUGGUCAUCCGCAGAAGAGGCCGCAAUUCGCCGCAAGUUCGACCUUACUAUUACCCCUUUAGUAACUCUGCUGUAUAUGUUAUGUGCCAUCGAUAGAGCGAAUAUCGGCAAUGCACGCAUCGAGGGAAUGAACGACGACCUCAAACUCUUUGGAUACCGCUACAACCUUAUUCUUACUGUUUUCUUUAUCUUUUACUUGGCAGUCGAGAUACCCAGCAAUGUCAUCUUGAAAAAUGUUGGCCCUCGAUGGUAUUUGCCUACUCUCGUUUUCUGCUUCGGAUUCGUCUCAUUGUGCACGGCGUUCGUUCAGUCAUACGCCUCUAUGCUCGUCGUCAGGGCACUUUUAGGGAUUUUUGAAGGCGGCGCCAUGCCUGGCACCGCUUUUUUCCUCAGCUGUUUCUACAAGAAAACUGAGUUAUUUUUUCGAAUGAGCAUCUUCAUUGCGUCAAGUUCGUUGGCCAGUUCGUUUGGAGGGCUGCUAGCCGCGGGUCUUUCGAAAAUCCCUGCAUGGGGAACCAAUGCUAUUCUCAUCGAAAGAUGGCGCAACAUAUUCUUCAUGGAGGGAUUGGUCACUGUUCUGAUCGCGCUUUGUGCUCCAGUUCUGCUGCCCCAGGGGCCAGGAGAAUACAAACUCUUGACACCGAGGCAACGCUAUAUCGCCAGGGAACGUCUCCUAAGGGAGAGCGCAAAUAACACGGAAAAUAAGGGAUUUGGUGCAUUCAUCCCUACGAUCUUACGUGAAUUUGGCUGGACAUCCACUGAGGCCCAGCUAAAAUCGGUGCCACCAUAUCUUGUAGCCUGUGCCGUGACUAUUACGUUGGGUUACUUGAGCGACCGAACGAACAAAAGAGGCAUUUUCAUAGUUGGCAUUCUUCCCUGCUCAAUUAUAGGCUUCUCUAUCCUAAGGUUCUCAACAAACAUGGGUGCAAAAUAUGCAGCCGUAUUCUUGAAUGCAAUUGCGUGCUUUGCAGCAAGCAGUGGAAUGUUGAGUUGGGGCAUCAACAAUGCCGGCAGCCCAGCUGUGGCCGCCGUCGCGAGCGGUUACAUGGUUAUGGUGGGCAGUAUGGGAGGAGUACUGUCUACGUAA